AUGGCAGACACAGCUGAUCUGCCCUUAUUGACUAUCCUCCUCCUCCUGACCGCUUGUCUAGUGAGCGUUUUCGUGCUGGCGACUUUCGGAACUACAUACAUCACUGCGUACCUCGCCGCCCCCAAUGAAAUCACCACCUUCGUAGACGCCGUCGACUUCUCCAUCCAGGAGAACGAGUCAUACGAUCGCGAUGUCGCCAAGGUGCAGCGGUUAGAGGACAAGCUGAGGAUGGGGAAGUUGUUGAGGGAGAUACAGAAAUGUGGUGAUGAUUUGAGGGAGGAUCUGAAUGGGCUGCUGAUCGAUGAAGGGGGAACGAGGUUACGAUCGAGUACGCGAUUGCUAUGGGCGACCAAGAGGAAGAGGUUGGAGGAGCAAGUCAGGAGAUUGGACCUCUUGCGGAUGCGCUUCCUGGUGGUGUACAUGGGCUUGGUAGCUGCAAAAGGAACAUCGGAGCAGACCCAUACAAGAGAUCCAGAGAAGCAUUUCACACCCAAGAUGACAGUACGGCCUGCAUUGCCACAUGCAUUAACCGAAGGAAUCACCAGGAAACCCCCGCUCCGAAGACUCACAACGCAGGCUAUGGGUCAUAAUGAUCAUGUCGGGAGUCCUCAAAAGCAAGGAUGGAUGGGAGUUGUCGCGGAAUUGCAGAACUCACCUCUCAUGCAUAAGCGGCAUGCUUCCAUUGAAAGGAAUAUGGCCAGUCCUGGAUGA